GCGUGACAGUUGACGGGGCGCGCGGGGGAGGGCGGGAGGACAGGAAGGCGGCGCCCGCGGACAUGGACGAGGACGAGCAGCGGCGUCGGAAGGUGGAGGCCGGGAGGGCGAAGCUUGCUCAGUUCCGACAGAGAAAGGCAAAAGGUGACGGUGCGAACCCGAAGAAAAAGACGGCGAAGAGGAAGAGCGAGGCUGUCCCUGCGCCUGUUCCGGAGGAGGAGGGCACGGUAGCUGCCGGGGCCCCCCGGGCCGCAGGGGGUGCGAGCCCGAGCCCCCCACUCAGUGGCGUGCCUGCCGGGCCUGCAGCCCCUCGGGACCUGGAGCAGCUGCAGACAAAGCGAGAGGCCAAGUGUCAGGAACAGGCUGUGGCCGCCUCCCAGGACCAAGAACAGGAAUGUGAGCUGGCGGCUGCUGAAGUGGGGGGCAGCCAGAGUGAGGGUGACAAGCACCCACGGGCCCAGCCCCUGCCCCCCCUGGAGCUGGAGGCCCUGCGCCUGAGUCUGAGCAACAUGCACACGGCGCAGCUGGAGCUGACGCAGGCCAACCUGCAGCGGGAGAAGGAGACGGCGCUGGUGGAGCUGCGUGACAUGCUGAAUGGGCGGCACGCGCAGGAGCUGGCUCUAGCCCAGAACCGCCAGCAGCUGGAGCUGCAGCUGGAGCGGGAGCAGCACGCGCGCGAGCGUGAGGAGCUGGCCCUGCGCUGUGGCCAGGAGGCCGCUGAACUGAAGGAGAAGUUACAGUCAGAAAUGGAGAAGAGUGCCCAGGAGAUAGCGGCCCUGAAGCGAGACUGGGAGACCGAGAGGGACUUAUGCUUGGAAAACCUCCGCAGAGAGCUGUCUGCAAAGCACCAGUUGGAGCUGGAGAAGCUCCAGAGCCAGUUGAGCAGAGAGCUGGCAGCACAGAAGGCAGAGCUGGAGAAGAUUUUUCAAGCCAAAGACCAGGCUGAAUCUGCCCUGCAGACCCUGGAGGCCCAGCACGAUGCGGCUGUGCAGAAGCUCAGGGAAGACCUGCUAGCAGAGCGCUGCCAGCACCUGCAGGACCUGGAGCUGAGGUUCAGGGAGCAGGAGGAAGCCAAGCAGCGGGAGCUGGAGGAGCUGCAGGCCUCCUAUGAGGAGCUGAAGGCCCAGUCCCGGGAGGAGAUCAGACGACUGUGGGCUCAGCUGGCGUCAGCAGGAGGCAGCGGGCAGGUGUCCAGUGAGGUUCAAGAACAGCUCCUGGCUCCAGAGUCUCACAAGGAAGAACUAGAGCACUUGAAGCGAGAUUUUGCACAGCAGCGGCAGCGAGAGAAGACUGAACACGAGUCUGAACUAGAAGAACUCAGAAUUUACUUUGAAAAUAAGUUACGGGACGCUGAGAAAAGCUACCAGGAAGACCUGGUGCUGCUUCAGCAGCGGCUGCAGGAGGUGAAGGAUGACUCUCUCCUGGAGUCUGGGGAGAUCGGUUCGUCCGGCAUGUUUCUGGAAGAGGCAGCAGGAGACGAGGGCAGAGAGCACAUGGACAGACUCAGCCUUCAGCUGGAGCCGUGUGAGGAAAGCCCGAGGUAUUUGCACACCGAGUUGGAGGACGGCCGUUGGCGCCAUCUCACAGCGCAGAAGCCCUCCCUGGAAGUCACGCAGGUGCCGGCUGUCGAGGAGGCCCAGGUGUCAGUGGGGGAGCAGUGCUUGGGGCCCUCAGAGUCCAGCCAAGCCCCGACCCCCUCAGGACCGGCCCGGCUGUGUCUGCGAUGUGCGCGGGACACGGCCCUGGACGUGGAAGCUGAAGUGGCGGCCAGAGUCCUGGGUUUGGAGACCGAGCACAAGGUGAAGCUCUCGCUUCUUCGGACAGAGCUCAAGGAAGAAAUAGACCUCUUGAAAAUAGAAAAUAGAAAUCUGCAUGAGAAGUUACAGUAUGAAAUCCGCCUGAGAGAGGACUUGGUGAAGGCAAAGCUUGAGUUAGCUGAGGAUCACCAGGAGGAGCUGAAGCGAGCUCAGGAGAGAAUUCAGAACAUGAGGCAGGAGUUCAGAGAGAAAGAAGCAGAGUGGACGGCUGCCACUGAAGACGGAGAGAGGAAAGCUGAGGAGAAGCUGACGCACCUGCUGCUGGAACUGCGAGAGCGGGCAGAGUCUGAGAAGCAGUCCGUCGUCAGCAAGUUCCAGCUCCGUGAAGAGGAGAUGCGGCAGCUGCAGGCGCAGCAGGCAGCCCAGAUCCUGGAGCUGGAGGCGUCGCUGCUAGAGCAGCAGGGCCGCCUGCGGCAGCUGGAGCUCGCAGAUGAGGCUGCGCCCUGUGGCCGCUGUGGCCGGGAGCCGGCUGACAGCAUGGGGGCCACAGACCCAGCUCAGGAACUCGCCACACUCCGCCUGAAGGAAGACUGUGCCCUCCAGCUGAUGCUGGCCCAGAACAGGUUUUUAGAAGAACGUAAGAAAAUCACAGAGAAGUUUUCUGCAGAGCAAGAUGCUUCUCUACGGGAGGCCCAGGAGAAACAUGCAAGCGAGCUGAAGCUCCUCCAGGAGCAGCACCAGCAGCACGUCCGGGCCCUGACCUUGGAGCUUGAGGUGAAGCACAGGGCAGAGGUGGAGGAGCUCAGGGCCGCGUGGGAGAGCGAGCAGCGGGCACUGUCGGACGCACGCGUGUCCGAGCUGCAGAUGAGACACGCGGCUGAGGUCGGCGCCUUGGAGACACAGCACCUGUCCACUCUGGACUCCCUGGAGGCCUGCUACGUGUCUGCGGCGCAGGCUGUGCGGGAUGAGCACCGGCAGGCCCUGGAGCUGCUGCGGGCAGAUCUGGAGGGGCAGCUGCAGAAGACGGAGGCUGCUCACCAGCUGCUGCUGACUCAGGAGCUAGAGAGACUUCAGCUCAAGCAUGAAGAUGAGCUUCGGGCCGUGAAGGACGGCUUGGGAGCCGCAAGGAGUCCCAUGCCUCCCGAGAGUCUUCUCAGCACAGCCCCCCAGGCUGGAAGUGAAAAUUCAGCAGCCUCGCAUGUAAAGGAGGAAACACUCAGACUUGAACUCGAGCGGGCCCAGUCUCUCCAUCAGCACGAGAAAGAGGCUUGGUCUGUGCAGCUUCAGGAGAAGGCUUGCCACAUCCAGCAGUUAAAAGACCAGAUUGUAUCCCUACGUCACGAGCUGGAGGAGCGUCAUUUGGAGUUGGAGACGCUGCAACAGAGGCGGGAACGGGAGAACCAGGAAGGCACAGCUCUCAUCUCCAUGCUCAGGGCCGAUGCUGACCUGGCUCUUGGAGAAAGGCGUGCUCUUGAGGAUGCCCUGAAGAGGUUGCUGGGCCUGUUUGGAGAGCAGCUGAAGGCCGCCGUUGCCCUGAGGAGCCGCAUCAGUGAGCGGGUGGGGCUGUGCCUGGAAGACGGGAGUCCCCCGCCGGUGCAGCUUGGGGACCAGGACCCCUGUGCAGGGCCAGCCCUCAGUGAGCCGUGGCCAGGCGCCGCCCCGCCAGAGCCGGAUGGAGUGGUGCCCGAGUGCUCGGACUUGUCUUCUGUGGGCGACAUCAGCAGCCACAUCUGUGAGAGCUUCAUGAGCCCGGACAGCACACUGGAGUGGGAGCCGCCCGUCAGGAGGGUCUUCCAGAGCCUAGACCUCGCGGUGGACGCCCUCCUAGAGAUGGUGCUGGACUCUACUCGGCAGCUAGAGGAAGCACGCCAGACUCACGCCCGUUUUGAGAAAGAAUUCAGCUGCAAGAAUGAGGAGACAGCCCGAUUGGUCCAGAAGCACCAGGAGCUGCUGCGGCACCUGGACGAGGAGAGCGCGGCCUCUGCGAGACUGACACGGGAGCUGCAUGCGGCGCGGGGUGUCGUCGAGGGGUUCAAGGAGGAGCAGGCCAGCCUGCGUGAGGCACUGGACCGCAAGGAGAUGGCGGAGCAGGGCCUGGUGGCCGAGCUGGAGGGACUGCAGGGGCGGCUGCAGCAGGAGGCCCAGCGGGCGGCGGCCCUGCUGGAGGAGAACGCCACGCUUCUGAGCCAGAGAGAGAUGGCGGCUGCUGCGGCCCAGGACAGGGAAGAGGCCCUGCAGCAGGAGGUGGCAUCUCUGAGCCAGCAGCAGCUGGAGGCCAGGCGGCAGAGUGAGAAGGACCGGGCAGCCCUGCUGUCACAGAUGAGGGUGCUGGAGGCGGACCUGGAGGAGCAGCUGGGUCAGCAGCAGGCCUGUGCGCGGCAGGACGCGGAGCUGGCCGAGCUGCGCCAGCAGAUGGAGUCCCUGGACAAGCACCUGCGCAGCCAGCGCCAGUUCAUGGAUGAGCAGGCUGUGGAGCGGGAGCACGAGCGGGAGGACUUCCAGCAGGAGAUCCGGCGGCUGGAGGAGCAGCUGCGCCAGGCGGCCCGGCCGCAGCCCCGUGGCCCCAGCGACAGCAAGCGGGCACCACUGGACGAGGAGGCCGAGUCACUGCAGGAAAAGCUGAGAGAAAAAAUAGAUGAACUCAGUGAAAUGGCUCUGAAGAGAGAGCUAGCAGAAAGGAAGGUGCUGCAACAGGAGGAGGAGCUCAGGCGGCUGGAAGAGGCCGGCAGUGCCUCCCGCAGGGCCGCAGGGCAGCUGCAGGAGCAGCUGGAGAAGCAGGGCCGGGAGUUGCGGAGCCUGCAGCAGGACAAGGACGCUCUGCAGGAGCAGCAGAUGGGCCACCUGCUAUUGGUGUCCACGCUGCAGUCCAGACUGGAUGAGGCCCGCUGCCCUCUGCCUGCCACGGGCAGCCACCCUGAGGACGCAGAUGCCCAGCUGGAGAUGGUGCAGCAGGUGCUCCUGCAGCGGGAGAGUGAGGUGCUGCGACUGACGGAGGAGCUGGAGCAGGUGAAGGCUGACUUGGUGUGCAGAGGUGAGGAGGUGCUGCGCCUGACGGAGGAGCUGGAGCAGGCAUUUCUGCAGAGCAAGGAGAAGGAGACGCUGGGUGUGAGCGAGCAGCUGCAGGCACAGCCGGACGGUGAGGGGGGUGCACCUGUCGAGGAGGUGCCUCACAGGAGCUCAGAGAUCAAGGAGCUGAAGUCCAUCAUCGAGACUCUGCAGGAGAAGCAGGGCCAGCUGCAGAGGGAGCGGGCAGAGGAGGUGGAGCGGCUGCAUGAAGUCAUCGAGAGGCUGCAGGGGGAGCUGGGCCUGCUGGGGUCCCGGCGGCAAGACACCGGCGACGGUCCCACCGAGAGUCUGCAGAGCGAGCUGGACGGGGUCGCGGGCAUGGGCGGCGGGGCGCCGGUGGGGGAGCUGCAGGCCGCGCUGGCUGCACGGGAGUCGCUGAGCCGGCUGCUGGCGGAGCAGGAGCGGGGGCAUGGUCAGGCCCUGGCGGCUCUGCAGCAGCGUCUGCGGGCUGCGGAGGAGGCCGCCUCGCACACGCUGGCCGAGCUGGCACAGCUGGAGGAGCGAGCUGCCCGGCGGGAGGCCGAGGCCCAGGGCAUGGCCGCCCGGCUUCGUGAGUGUGAGGCCAGGGUCCUGGAGCGGGACCAGGAGGUGGCCGCCCUGAGCAGACGUGGCCUGGCGCAGUCCACGCGGCUGGAAGCUGUCCUGGUCGCCUUCGCCCGUCUACGCCUGGCGCUGGAGCAGCAGCCCCCGGGCGAGCCCCCCGAGCUACAGCGCCUCCGCACGCAGUGCCUGCGCCUCAGCCGCCAGCUGAAGGCACUCAACCUGCGCUUCUUGCGUUGCCAGACCGAGCUGGGGUGGCCGAAGCCCCAGGGUCCCAGCUCACACCCUCACAGGGAAGACCCCUCCCUGGCCCCUGGUUCCCAGGGAGACACGACCUCUGGGGACAGAGACUCGGAGCAGGACGAGGGCAGUGUGCGGCCGAGCUCGAGCUCCUGCGACCGUGGUGGUCUCGCGCAGAGUCCAGAUGAGGAUGACUUGCUGCUCGUUAAAGCCCCAGAGUCCUGGGACAAGCCGGGCUUCCACACAGCGGACAGCGUCCUGUCUGUGCUGUCUGUCUGCCAGAGGCAGCUGGAGGCGGAGCUGCUCCGGUUGAAGAACCAGACACCCCUGAGUGUGGAGGAUGUGGAGGGCGUCCACAGGGCAGGAAGCAGGAAGGGCAAGGAAACCCCACUAGAAGCCUGUCAGCUGCAAAAAGUCGAUCUCACAGCCCAAGUGGAGCAACUUCAGGAGAAACUGAACCAUCUUGCUUGCUGCAUGAACUUCCCGGCGGUAGAAGCAGAGGGCUUUCCGUGUCAGCAGCCUUCGGAAUCGGCACCUGGCCAGGAAAGUGGUCCGAGUGGCCGCUGCAGCGAUGCACAGGGCUCUGACACUGCAGAGGACAGAAUCUCGUGGGGCCUGCUGGACACCCCUGGGACUCAGGACUCACUGCUAAGACGUGGGAAGCCAAGCAUCCCCACGGAGGAUGGGGCAGCGGUGCUGGGUGGGUCCUCGCCCUCACCGACCCCUGAGCGCGGCAGCCCCCUGUGCCUGGCCCCUGGCAGGACAGCCGAUCCCCUGAAGAGUGCACUUAGGACCAUGGACCUGUCGUCCUGGAGCUCCCCUGAGGUGGUCCGCAAGGACUCUACCCUGGAGACCCUGGCUGGCCUGCCCCUGACGCCCUGCUCAGAUGCCCCGAGCCAGCACAGCCUGGACGUGUCCCUGUGGGACCAGAAGGCCACUGCAAGGCCCCACGCCAGCCAGCCAGGGCUGCUGUGCUCCCUGAGUGGAUCAGCGGCAGGACACGCCCUCUGCUGGCCGGAGUCCCCGUGGGCUGCAGACAGGGACUCUGCCACUGAAGUCCACGCACAGCAGACCUCUGUGGAGAAAGAUGUUGAGGAUUUUAUCAUAACAUCUCUUGAUUCUCAAGAAAAGUCAAGAUCACCCCCUCCUGCUUUAGAAGGAAAAGAUGACGGUGGAGGUGAGAAAAGUGACGGUUCGGGAUGCAGAGAGAAGCUAACGGAAGGCUCCACAAGUCUCCAAGGUCCCACUGCUGGCCCUGCAGUACCUCCUGUCUCUUCCAGAAGGUUCUGCCAGUCUCUGGGAGCCAUGAAGGGGAAAGAGUUGUAUCCGAAGCAAGUGAAGGCGUUGCUGCAGAUGGUGUGUAACGAGAGCCACCAGAUUCUGGCCCUGUCGGAGUACCGGGGUCUUCCCAGCACCCUGAGCAAAGGGGAGCCAAACACCCCACUCGAGUGCUUCCCUAGGGAGGGCCUGGGCCAGCUGGAGGUGGCGCCAGCUCUACGGGGUCCUCUCACGCCGGCACCCCCACAGGGAGAGCAGGAGCCACCUGGUCUUUGCCCUGAUUGGAGGGGAGAGUUUCUUCAAAUGGUGCAGGAGGCCUUCGAGAAACAGCGGGAGACACUGAGGACGGAGCUGCAGUCACAGCCCCAGGGCAGACCUGAGCUUGGGCCCUGCAGCUCCCUGUGGGAGAGGCUGGAGAGGCUGGCCUGUGAGCAGGGGGACCUGCGGGAGAAGUCACCAGUGUCCCUGCAGGGGCCGGACAGGAACAGCCUGCUGCUGGAGGUGCAGGCCCUGCGCGCCCAGUUGCGGCUGACGCACCUGCAGAACCAGGAGAAGCUGCAGCAGCUGUGCACGGCACUGACCAGCGCGGAGGCCCGGGGCAACCGGCAAGAGCACCAGCUGCGUAGGCAAGUUGAGCUGCUGGCCUACAAGGUUGAGCAGGAGAAGUGCAUCGCCAGCGGCCUUCAGAAGACGCUGAGUGAGGAGCAGGAGAAAGCCAGCGGCACCCAGAGGCUGCUGGCGGCGGAGCAGAGUGUUGUCAGGGACCUGAGGGCCGAGCUGGGCCAGUGCAGGCAGGAGAACGAGAGGCUGCUGGCCUCCCUGAGUGACGUGCAGAAGGAGGUGCUGCAGCUGAGGUCACUGCUGGACUGCAAGGAACAGGACCUGCGGGCUGCUCUGCGGGAGCUGGAGGCUGGGCGCGGGCAGGAAGAGGCCCUGCAAGGCCAGCUGGAGGAGGAGCGGCUGCGGCACCUGCAGAGGGAGGGCCAGAGCACCAAGGCCCUGGAGGAGCUGCAGAGCUCUCUGAACAAGCAGCUGGCACAGAGUGACCGGCUGCGCGUGGCCCUGAAGCACGAGCAGAUGGCCAGGGACAACCUGCAGAAGGAGCUGCGCAUCGAGGCCUCGCGCUGUGAGGCGCUGCUGGCGCAGGAGCAGGCGCAGCUGGCGGAGCUGCAGCGCAGCCUGGAGGCCGAGCGGGGCCGCGGGCGCGAGCUGAGCGAGGCCCUGCAGCACGAGCGUCUGCUCAGCCGCAGGGCGCAGGAGGCCUGUGCUCACCAGGAGGGGCAGGCCCAGCGUGCGCUUCUGCGCGAGCUCCAGGACGAGCAGGCCCGCGUGCGCGAGCUGCAGGCCUCUCUGGAGAAGGCGCAGCAGCAGGCCAUGCGCACGCAGCAGCGGCUAGAGGCCGAGGUGCGGUCGCGCUGCGAGGAGCUGCAGAAAGAGAAGGAGGUGAGUGCCGCCGCAGAGGCCCCACGGGCCCGGACGCCAGAGUCCAGCCGCUCCUCGCAGGGGGAGCGGGCGCGGGCAGAGUUAGCGCAGCUCCCCCAGAGGCCGAGAGAGUGCGAGGCACACAAGGCGCCCAGGAGCAGAGCCCAGCAGUGCCGAGUGGACAAGGACAGCUGGCAGCAGUGGCAGAGGGACAAGGAGAAGCUGCGAGAGCUGGAGCUGCAGCGCCAGCGGGACCAGCACAAGGUGAGGCAGCUGCAGCGGGCCGUGCGGGAGCUGGAGGCCCAGGAGGCUGCAAGGCCCUGCCUCCCGGCAGAACAGAUCCAGCAGCAGCAGCGAGGCCUGGAGGAGGCGCGGCAGCAGCUUCUGUGUGCGGCCGUUCUCCUGAGCAGCUUUGUUAGCCAGACCCUGGACAGGACAAUCAGUGACUGGACCUCGUCAAAUGAGAAGGCGGUGGCCUCACUGCUGCACACGUUGGAGGAGCUCAAGGCCGAGCUGAGCACAACGAGCCCUUCCCUGCAGAAGGACUCAGCAGGGCUGCCCUUGCAGCUGAUGGACGUCGUGCUGAAGGACAAUGAGUGUCUUCGGCAGGCGCUGGGCAUGGCCGCCCAGGAGAAGGCGGAGCUGAGCCGGGCCGUGUGCAGGCUGGAGAAGACACUCAAGCACCACCUGCUCAGGGGCUGUGCGCUGAGCAAGCCUGACAGGUCUGCUUGGAAGCAGGACAGAUCAGCUCUGCCGUGCUCCCCACGGCACACUGAGUCGGGGCUUUCCCCAGCAGCAGCCAGCAAGGAGACCGGCUCUGGACACAUCAGGAUGGAAAAACUGUACCUGCAUUAUCUGAGAGCAGAAAGCUUCAGAAAAGCUCUGGUUUAUCAGAAGAAGUACCUCUUACUAUUGAUCGGUGGAUUCCAGGACUCUGAACAAGAGACACUCUCCAUGAUUGCCCAUCUGGGAGUGUUUCCUUCCAAGGCAGACAGGAAGGCUGCCGUGUCUCGCCCUCUGACGCGGUUCCGCACGGCGGUCAGGGUCGUGGUCGCCAUCCUAAGAUUGAGAUUCUUGGUGAAGAAGUGGCAAGAAGUUGAUCGGAAGGGAGCCCUGGGGCGACCAGCAUUACUGGUGCCCCGGCAGCAGCAGGCCCGGCGAGAGGCCAGCGAGUCCCCGCCAACUCGAGAUUCGUCUUCUGGCCACUCCAGGGACCCUGUGUCCAAGACAUCCCCACGCAGGAGGCAGAGGUCCAGUCCGUCUCCACAUUCAAGAUCGUCUCAAGAUCCGGAACACUCCUUGACGGAAUAUAUUCACCAUUUAGAAAAGAUCCAGCAGAGACUCGGGGGGCUGCCACCAGAUUCCACGUCAAAGAAAUACUGCCACCAGAAGAAUAAACAAUGAAUAAAGUCCUGUGGCUCCAGCUGUGGCAGUUCCACUUGAGGGAAAGGUGUGUCGGUCCUUUCCCUAAGGAAACGAGGGUGUGGGGAGCCCAGCCCUCAGUGCUGUCACCUUGAAGCAUUGCUGCAAAGCCAAACACAGUGUUCAGUGGGUCUUAGCUCCUGACUGAGGGGAGUGUGUGUGUGGGUGCCAGCUGUGCGGCCGGUUCCUCAGGGCAUGAGCAGUGGCUUUCUGCUGUUUGUUGUCUGAAGUGUACAGGUGGAAACUGGGUUUUAAAAUGGAGAUAUAACAAGCAAAAGGGGAAUAAAGUGAAAGCACUGA